AUGUGGUGCGAUUUUAGUGCACGUGGUUCGUACAAGUGGGUGAAUCGGUUGCCUACGCUGUUGCACGAAUACAAUAACGUGCGUAAACAUAGAACAAUCGGAAUGANUGUGCUUAAACAUAGAACAAUCGGAAUGAUACCGGUGCAAGCUGUGCAAAACCCCGACCUGGUUCGACUCAAGUUACGCAAAAUACCCGAUAAUUUACCGAUAAAAUUCCACGUGGGUGACAAAGUUCGGAUUAGUGUACAUAAAUCAGUGUUUGACAAGGGUUAUUUGCCGAACUGGAGCACCGAACUAUUUACCAUAGUCAAGGUUAGACAAUCAGUACCACCAACUUACUAUCUAGAAGACUAUCAGGGAAAUCCAAUACGUGGUGUGUUUUACACCGAAGAGCUGAACAAGACCAGUUAUCCGGACAUGUAUUUAGUCGAACGAGUGUUGCGAACACAAGGAGAUCAGUGUUACGUUAAAUGGUUAGGAUUUGGCCCAGAACACAAUUCAUGGAUACCGAAAACCAAUAUCUUACCUCAAUGA